CCGGCAUCAUUUGCGCCUUACCGGAGACAGGUUGGUGAACGGUCACCAACGGCUGCGCCUACUUUUACAUUUUAUGCCGAAAAAGGGCCUUUUCAUUUUCAUGUGAACGGGGUGCAGCUUUGCCGAGGUGUUUGAUGUAACGUUGCCUUGUCAAGUUACCGUCUGCCCGUUCGUAUUCCAACAAAAAAAUGCUAUUUUAGGCUGUUAUGUUAGCUAGUUACUGGGUUCUUUUUGUCAUCAGAGCAUUAGCUGUCAACUGAAGGGAGGCUUUUUUUCUUCUCAUUACCAGACAAAAAAACUGUUUUCUGCCCCGUCUCCCCGCCUUAAAGCCAGCUGUUCUGGUUAAAUCAAGCCUAAAAGCAGUUCAUCUUCUGAGGAGACCCGACUGACUGCGCCGAAAUGGGGUAUGGACGGUCGGACAGCUAUCGCGUGGCCACCACGCAGGACAAGGAUGAGAAGGAGUCACCUAAGAAGAAGGGAGGCAAGGAUUUGGAUGACCUCAAGAAGGAGGUUCCCAUCACGGAACACAAAAUGUCUGUGGAGGAGGUUUGCCGGAAAUACAGUACUGAUAUCGUCCAGGGUUUGACCAAUGCCAAGGCAGCAGAGUACCUGGCCAGGGAUGGGCCCAACGCUCUGACUCCACCCCCCACCACCCCAGAGUGGGUCAAAUUCUGUCGCCAGCUGUUCGGUGGCUUCUCCAUCCUGCUGUGGAUCGGAGCCAUCCUCUGCUUCCUGGCCUACGCAAUCCAGGCUGCCACAGAGGACGAGCCUGCUGGGGAUAAUUUGUAUCUGGGUAUCGUGCUGUCAGCUGUCGUCAUCAUCACCGGCUGCUUCUCCUACUUCCAGGAAGCUAAGAGCUCUAAGAUCAUGGAGUCCUUUAAGAACAUGGUCCCGCAGCAAGCUCUGGUGAUCCGUGAGGGAGAGAAGAUGCAGAUCAACGCUGAACAGGUGGUGGCAGGAGACCUGGUGGAGGUGAAAGGUGGAGACAGGAUCCCUGCUGACCUCCGCAUCAUCUCCUCCCACGGCUGCAAGGUGGACAACUCAUCCCUGACUGGUGAAUCGGAGCCCCAGACCAGGUCACCUGACUGUACCCAUGACAACCCCCUGGAAACCCGGAACAUUGCUUUCUUCUCCACCAACUGUGUUGAAGGAACAGCACGUGGUAUUGUUGUGUGCACCGGUGAUCGUACAGUGAUGGGACGCAUCGCCACCCUCACCUCAGGCCUGGAGACUGGAAAGACACCCAUUGCGAAGGAGAUCGAGCAUUUCAUCCACAUCAUCACAGGCGUGGCCGUCUUCCUCGGCGUGACCUUCUUCAUCCUGUCACUCAUCCUGGGUUACUCUUGGCUGGAAGCCGUCAUCUUCCUCAUCGGCAUCAUUGUGGCCAAUGUGCCCGAGGGACUGCUGGCCACAGUCACUGUGUGUCUGACGCUGACCGCUAAACGAAUGGCUCGUAAAAACUGCCUGGUCAAGAAUCUGGAGGCUGUAGAGACUCUGGGUUCCACCUCCACCAUCUGCUCCGACAAGACGGGCACUCUGACCCAGAACAGGAUGACUGUGGCCCACAUGUGGUUCGACAACCAAAUCCACGAGGCCGACACCACUGAGGACCAGUCUGGCUCCUCCUUUGACAAGAGUUCCACAACAUGGGUAUCCUUGGCCCGCAUCGCCGCUCUCUGCAACCGCGCUGUGUUCAAGGCAGGCCAGGAAUCUUUGCCGAUCCUCAAGCGAGACGUUGCUGGUGACGCCUCUGAGUCGGCCUUGCUCAAGUGUAUUGAGCUCUCCUGUGGCUCUGUCAAGGCUGUGAGGGACAAGAACAAGAAGGUGGCUGAGAUCCCCUUCAACUCUACCAACAAGUACCAGCUCUCAAUCCAUGAAACCGAGGACGAGAACGAUAACCGCUACCUGCUGGUGAUGAAGGGAGCCCCCGAGAGGAUCCUUGACCGCUGCACCACAAUCAUGCUGCAGGGCAAAGAGCAGCCCAUGGAUGAUGAGAUGAAGGAGGCUUUCCAGAACGCUUAUCUUGAACUGGGAGGACUGGGAGAGAGAGUACUGGGUUUCUGCCACCUGUUUCUGCCAGAAGACAAGUACCCCAAAGGUUUUGCCUUUGACACAGAUGACGUUAACUUCCAGACCGACAACCUUUGCUUUGUGGGUCUCAUGUCCAUGAUCGACCCUCCCCGAGCUGCCGUGCCCGAUGCUGUGGGAAAAUGCCGCUCAGCUGGCAUCAAGGUUAUCAUGGUGACUGGUGACCAUCCAAUCACAGCCAAGGCCAUUGCCAAAGGUGUGGGUAUCAUCUCUGAGGGCAAUGAGACGGUGGAAGACAUUGCUGCCCGUCUCAACAUCCCCGUCAGCCAAGUUAACCCAAGGGAUGCCAAAGCAUGUGUGAUCCAUGGUACAGAUCUGAAAGACCUCACUCAGGAGCAGAUGGACGACAUCUUGAGGAAUCAUACAGAGAUCGUCUUUGCCAGAACCUCACCACAGCAGAAACUCAUCAUUGUCGAAGGUUGUCAGAGACAGGGUGCUAUUGUGGCUGUGACAGGUGAUGGAGUAAAUGACUCCCCUGCCCUGAAGAAGGCUGACAUCGGUGUUGCCAUGGGAAUCUCAGGCUCUGAUGUGUCCAAACAAGCUGCCGACAUGAUCCUGCUGGACGACAAUUUUGCCUCCAUUGUCACUGGAGUAGAGGAAGGCCGUCUGAUCUUUGACAACCUGAAGAAAUCCAUCGCAUACACUCUGACCAGCAACAUCCCAGAAAUCACUCCCUUCCUGUUCUUCAUCUUGGUCAACAUCCCACUGCCUCUGGGCACCAUCACCAUCCUCUGUAUCGACCUGGGAACUGACAUGGUACCAGCCAUCUCUCUCGCCUAUGAAGCAGCAGAAAGCGACAUCAUGAAGCGCCAGCCCAGGAACCCACUGAGGGACAAACUGGUCAACGAGAGACUGAUCAGUAUCGCCUAUGGACAGAUUGGUAUGAUCCAGGCUCUUGGUGGAUUCUUCGCCUAUUUCGUCAUCAUGGCUGAAAACGGUUUCCUGCCGUCUCUACUGGUCGGCAUCAGACUCAACUGGGACGAUCGCUCCAACAACGACCUGGAGGACAGCUACGGGCAGCAAUGGACCUAUGAGCAGAGAAAGAUUGUGGAGUUUACUUGCCACACAGCCUUCUUCGUCAGUAUUGUGGUGGUGCAGUGGGCAGAUGUCAUCAUCUGCAAGACCAGACGUAACUCUGUGUUCCAGCAGGGCAUGAAGAAUAAGAUUUUGAUCUUUGGCCUGUUUGAGGAAACAGCUCUGGCUGCUUUCUUGUCCUACUGCCCUGGUAUGGACGUGGCACUACGGAUGUACCCGCUCAAGCCCAGUUGGUGGUUCUGCGCAUUCCCGUACAGUUUCCUCAUCUUUGUUUACGAUGAGAUCCGAAAACUCAUCCUUCGCCGAAACCCUGGAGGCUGGGUGGAAAAAGAGACGUACUAUUAAAUUAUCAAAGCAUCAUUUACUUCUCACCCCGUCCUUCCCUAAACUCAUCCCUCUCUAUCUCCCUUUCUCUUUCUCUUUCCUCCUACCCUCCAUCCAUCCCUCCUCUCCUCUCAACAUAUUCAAACUGUACAAGAAAACUAUGUUUACUCCUCCUUUUCCUCCUCCUCCUCUCUCCCCCCUCUGCCACUCUCUCAUCCUCAUCUCAUAAAGAAACGAGAAAAAAAAAAAAUCCAAACGCCAAGACGACGAGAGGACCAACGACAGAGGAGGAGAGGAUGGGGGAGGGGUGGGUUUGUAAAUCUUCCCAGUCCUCUCUGUCCCUCUGUCCCCUUUUUUUCUUUUCUAUCCAGAGUCUCUACAGCACUAGUCUGCCAGUAACACUGUUGUGCCAAUGCUUAUUACUACACUGUUAGAUGCAGCCACUCUUCAUAUGUGUACUAAAAAUACACCGCUGUGUGGAACCGAAUAAAGAUUCUAAUUAUAAACAAGAACGACAAAAAUCCUGACUGUUCCACUGCGAUCACUCUUGCCAAGCAGAACAACGACAAGGCAGCUCCGUCUAGAUUCCAAACUGGCGAUUCGAGCGGGUCGGUGGCAGCGUUUGUUUAUUUGUUUAUUUAUUUGUUUGGGGUUUUUUUCCAAAGCCACCCAGAUCCAGCUCUCUAAUCACUGCCAUUUCCUGCCAUUUUGACUUUUCUUCUCUCCCCUCUCCCCUCCUUUUCUCCCUCUCUGUCUCUAUUUAUUCACUGCCAAUCUUCUACUGCCGUCCCCUCUUCCUCCUCCUCCUCUUCCUCCUCGUCCUCCUCCUCUUCCUCUGUCCUUAUCAAUAAAUCUCACCGUGAAACCGAAGCACUCACUCACGCCCUCAAGAGGGUGGAAAAAAAGGUCACUUCUUCUGACUCCUCCCCUCCGCCCUUCCUUCCUCCCUCCUCCUCCCAUGUUUUUUUUUUUCUGCUUGUGUUGUUGUUGUUUUCUAAUAGACGACUGGGUGUUUUUUAAAAAACAAAAUUGUUGGUAAAGGUUAUUUUUCUUUUUUUUUUUAAGUUUGGAGUGGGUCUGAGAGCUGCUUGUUUUCAUUCGGACAUGACAAAGCACACUGUCUCUCCUUCUUCUUCCUCUCCUCUUCCUCUCCUCUUCCUCUCUUUCUCUCUCACGUUCCCCCUUUACCUUCCCCACCUCCUCACCCUGCCUGUCUAUCUGUCCCUGUUUGUCUGUCUGUUUGUGAACACCGUGCAAACCCUCCGUCCUUGUAAACUUCCACCCACUUUUCACCACCUGCCUCCUCUUAGUCUCCCGCCCCUUUCCCCGCCCACGACUCCCCAUCCCACCUUUAACCCCCCCUCCCCCCUCCCUGUUAAAAAAAUACAAUCUUUCUGUGUCCUCGGAAAAAGAGAUUUCUCUCCAAUUUCAUUAUUUAAAGCAGUGGAAAUAUGGAAUAAGGCACUGUACCUUAACUUGCGAAACAGCAGCAAAAAAAAAAGAAAAAAGAAAAUGAAAUAAAAUAGAAGGAUCUCUCUUUUUUCAGCUUGGUCUCCAGUUUGUUUUGUGUGGAGUUUUGUCAGAAAAUGGAAAUAAAUGCUGUGACCAACUCUUA